CAUGCUAUUUUCAAUUCAAGUAAUAAUAAUGAACAAACAAUUAUUAAGAAACGAUUAGAAAUUCAAAUUUUGGAGAGGUCUUAGGAAGCAACUUGCCAAGCUGAGGGCUUCUCUUGUUGCUGUCUGCAUCAGGGUUAUGAAAAAACAAUCAUAUUUUUUAUUUUAAUAAAUGUAAAAAAAGAUUUAAAAUAAAUAUUUUUAUUUUCAACUUUUGAGAGCGCUGUCCGCUGUCAGUCAGUAAUAAAAAAUCGCUCGACGCGCCAUCUUCUGCAUCGGUAUUUUCAUAACCCUAGUCGGCUGAAGACUUCAAUCGCCAGAAACAAACUUUCAAACAGUGCGUGAACACAGUCUCUCUAACCUGAAAUAGUGAUAAACACUCAUACAUUGUGUGAAUACUUUGAAUUUUGUUGAAAUAUGCCGAAGUACUAUUGUGACUAUUGUGAUACCUACUUGACUCAUGACUCUCCAAGUGUCAGAAAAACACAUUGUCAAGGAAGGAAGCACAAGGAUAACGUGAAAUAUUUUUAUCAGAAAUGGAUGGAAGAACAAGCUCAGCAUUUGAUCGACGCGACAACUGCGGCAUUCAAAGCUGGCAAAAUUGCUUCGAAUCCUUUUGCUCCAAAGCAAGGAGCUGCUAUUCCACCACCAGCUAAUCUUGCGCCUGGCGUGCGACCUGGAGUACCACCACCAACAGGAGCACCCCCAGGUAUGAUGCCACCCCCUGGUAUGCAUCCUGGAGGUCCAAUGGGACCUGGGGGACCUAUGAUGAUGGGUCCUCAUGGACCAGUACCACCAGGUAUGAUGGGUGUUAGACCACCGAUGAUGGGUCACAUGGGACCCAUGCUUGGUCCUAUGGGUCCAAUGGGUCCUAUCCGACCACCAGGACCACCUCCUCAAAUUAUGACAGGACAGCCAAUGAAAAAGUAGACUAUAGAUCUAGUUUGAAUUAAUUUUUUCAGCUUGAUUUAACUGUAUAAAAUUCAACGGAAUUAUAUUGGAAACAGAAAUUUUGUAAUCAUGAAUUACAUGUAUCGUUUUACAUGAAUGUAAGAUUAAUUUAACUUUAAUUAGCAAAUUUAAUUAAGUGUAUAUAUUUAUAUAUCAUAUUGUGAAUAUUGUCCAUAAAAAUUUUUAAAGCCUUAAAGUUUUAAGAUUA